UCGCAAAAAUCGGAAGAAGGAAGCCAUUUUGGUUCAAAGCCUACUACGAUAGGGUGCUAAUUUUUCUUCGUUUCAUCGCAUACAAGGGAUUCUAAUCGCUCUCACAUACAUUCUCGGUCACUAUAGUAUGUCCACAAUGAAUCCCGAGUAUGACUACCUGUUUAAACUUUUGCUGAUUGGAGAUUCAGGUGUUGGAAAGUCCUGUCUACUUUUAAGAUUUGCUGACGACACUUACACAGAAAGUUACAUCAGCACAAUCGGUGUAGACUUUAAAAUACGAACAAUAGAACUAGAUGGAAAAACAAUCAAGUUACAAAUUUGGGACACAGCAGGUCAAGAAAGGUUCCGAACAAUUACAUCCAGCUACUACCGAGGUGCCCAUGGUAUUAUAGUAGUGUACGAUGUAACAGACCAGGAAUCGUUUAACAAUGUGAAGCAGUGGCUACAUGAAAUAGACAGAUAUGCUAGUGAAAAUGUUAACAAAUUAUUGGUAGGAAACAAAUCUGACUUGGAAAUGAAGAAAGUGGUUGAUUACACUACAGCCAAGGAAUAUGCAGACCAAUUAGGAAUUCCUUUCUUAGAAACCAGUGCUAAAAAUGCUACAAACGUUGAACAGGCUUUCAUGACGAUGGCAGCAGAGAUAAAGAACAGGAUGGGCCCAGUGACAGCUGCCGCGGACAACAAAACCAAUGUGAAAAUAAACCCGAGCACACCCGUGAAGCCCUCUGGUGGUGGCUGCUGUUAACUGAGAAGACUCUUAAGUCACCGGGACACACUUUGUAAUUUCCAAUACAUGUAAAUUGAUAUAUGUAUUUCUAAUUUACUCAUUAUUGCCAUCGUUUGAUGACAUUUGAAAGAAGACCAACUAUACGUCUUUCAGUAAAUUAUGGUGGGAUGUUAUAAACUGCAGGAUACAACAAAUAGAGAACAUUUGUUAUAUAGGUGCAACACACAGACCAUCGUAAUCUGUCAUAUCAUGAGAUAUUGAUUAAUGGUAGAAGUGUAAGUUGGGUUUUGUGAUGGGGUGGUGCGGGUGAUACGGGGAUAGGGUUGGGAUACAAAAAUUGCACUGUGAUUUGGCAAGAAAAACACAAUACCCUACUUGAACAACAAAUAACUGAAGUUUGAAGUGAAAAGAUUUUUGUGUUCAUUAUGUAGGCAUGUUUAUUUUCCUGGUAUUUCUAUCUAACUUCUUUUAAAAUUCCUUUGGUAGUCGUGUAAAAUUAAGCUUUAAUGGUUUACACUCAAUAGGUAAUGCUUCAACUUAAAUGUCUUAAUAUCAUUUACUAUAUUGUUCUUUUUUGUGUAAGUGUAAGUCAAAAACUUAUUUGUUGAUUAUUUGGGUAAAAUAAUGUAGAAAUUUUUUUUUUUGAAAAUUGUACGUUGUGUAAUCAGUGCUGUGACAGGACUGUCCAGAGAUAUGCUGGGUAUUUGUGGUAAGUUAAUGUGCUUGAUUGAGGUGUCAAUGUGAAUGUGGCUGAAACCUACUUGUUUCAGAAAUUUAAGAUUUUAAACAAAAAUACUGUUUGGAUGAGAGUCCAGAAAGUACAGCGUCUGUGUUUUUGCCAAUAAUUUCUUGGAUGAUAUUUAUAUGAAUCCUUCAAUAUUUAUGUUUGCAUAUUAACUUGUAAAUUGGUGAUGUACAUAGUAUUACAGGAAAAGAAUGAGAUAGUCAUGUUUUAUAGUGCACCAUGAGAGCUAUUUUGAAGAGGGGCUUCUCUCUUAAACUUCAUUUUCCCCACAUAUUGGUUUAUCUGUCCUUCAUAUUCUUGUAUAGUAUAAACUAUUUUCAUCAGUUGUCGGGAGAAAGCAAUUAUGUGAAAAAUCAGAGUUGGAAAAAAAAGUCAGCAUUCCACUGGCAAUUACACUAUUUAUCCAUCCAUUUUUUUUGCUAGGUAUAACUCAUGUAUGUCGAUGUGAUACAAGAGGCAUGUACAUAAUUGACAGAAAGACAGAAAGUGUGAGGUAUGGGUAACUGUGUAUCAUUUAUAACUGUUACCAUUUUAGUAUAAGAUAUUCCUUUUAACACAACAAUGCAUAUGUUGUUAGCAUACAUAUGUGAGGCACAGAAAUCAGUAGUCUACUAUUAUUGCUAUAGAAGCAAUAUUAUUUUAUAAACUUACAUUGUAAAAACAAAUGAUUUCAAAGUGAAGCAAAUGAUCCAUUAAAAGUAACAGAACUGUUUCAUAUUGUUUAAAAACCAUAUAAUUUGCCAAAAAUGAUAUGUUGAGUUUGUGUGUGCAUUUCUGUUGGAAUUUACAUGUACCAAAACACUGCGAAGAUGAUGUUUUACUAUGAAUGUAAUCAUGACAGAUUUUAUCAUCAGUGACAAAUUAUUUGGUUGUAAUUAUUGCUUUUCCAGGAUAAGAACUAGCAAUAUGUUAAUAAGUCCACACUGGGUUGUACUAUUUGGAUUCAACCUUCCUCACAUUUAAGUGUCAGCAGUUAUGUUUGCUUAUGUCCCACAUGUCACCUAGUUCCCUUCACAUGAACUUGUUUCAAAACAAAUUGUUUAACUUGUUAGAUAUUCUGUCAUACACAUUUUGUGUAUAGUUGGUGGCUAUAUUUUGUGUAAGAGGAUGGUUGGUGUGUGGGGUACAAGGUGACAAUGUAAUGGGAGCUUGUAAGUCUGUGCCUCACAGUCAGGGUUAUGUUAAAUAAGGAACAAGCUGGCUUGUAUCAUUUGCAGUCUGUAUCACUGCAUGGCUAGUUCUCAUCUGUUCAGUCAAUAAAAUCAAUAACUAUGACCUGUA